AUGAGCUCGCACUUUCGCAUGUCGGACCUGCCAGCGGAAACCAGAAGUCAUCUCAUGACCCUCGUGGACGCAAAGACAAUCAUCCGCAGCAGAAGAAUAUCAAGAGGAUGGAGGGCGUGGUUCGAUGCGACGCAAGAAAUCUGGCGCAGCAUUGCCGUGCAAUGGGCCAUCAUCUCUGACGUGCAUGCACCCUUCCCUACUGGUGACCGAAGACACACUCAAGGCUUCACAGCAAUUGCGGACGCAGCCACAGCAAGCGCUACCGGGUAUUUCUCCGCGCAGACAUCAUACAAAGUGCUUUGCGACGAGUAUCGAGCAUUGUCGUUAGCAUGGUCCACAUCGGGAGCACUACAAGCACGGUCACCAGAUGCGCAAGGCUCUUCUCGCGCAUGUAGCCAUUUCCGUACUCUUGCAUGGCCUAGUGAGGCCAGAAUAGUCGAGACCAAUCGCUGCGGUAGCCUCACUAUCCUUCUUGCCUGGCCCAGCCAGCAUGAGCCUGACUACUCAAUAGUAGAACUUCAGAUAGCGCCCACAACUGACAAUGAACCUGCGUUUCAAAGUCUGCAACAGCUUUCGGAUUCAAAGCUUCUGUUGCAAUGUGGAGACAUGCCAGCGCACACAAGGCUACAAUCGCACCAUUUCACCGAUGGAGACCACCAAUUUGUGGUGGAGGAGGAUGCCGACACGUGUAUCUUGAAAGACUACAAGUUGCAGCACGACAAGUCAUAUGUGGUCUGCGGGAGCUUGUCUUUCUCACCCACAAGCUUCACGGGCAUCCCUAUCGCGAUGCAGGUCCGAUGGCCGAUGUGUGUCAUAGUCCUUCAAAAUCAGCCUGCUGAUGAAGAGGUCAGAACAAGGUCAACGAGGAUAUGCUACUGGAAUCUUCAGACCCGCGCUACAAUCCGCACUGUCGAAAUAGAGGAUACUCCGAGUUGUGUUGAAACAAUCGACUUUGACCUUGAAGCCAAUCUGUUUGUUCUGGGUCUAGAGGAUAGGGUGCACAUCUACUCGGCCAAUGAUGGUAGACUCGUGUCAGAUACAGUCUGCCAUCCCUUUGACUUUCAGAUCAAGGAUGAAGAUGUGCUGAGCAAAGGCCUUCUAGAUCAAGCCUCGACUCUACUCGUGUCAAGUCAGAUCUACAUUUGCACAGCUUCUCUCACUGAUUACAAGCAAGGCUUCAAACAGGCUGCUAUUCCCCUACGUUGGCAGUCAGUAGAAGGCACUUCCCUUAACCCAAGCUACAUGCGCACAGAGUGA